AUGGCUGAUACCAAAGUAGAAAUCUCAAAUGAUGGCUCCGCUGGGAUACAGAAUCCAAAUGCGUCCCCUCAAACCAAUAACCCGCUGUCGAGGAAGCUCAACAAAAUACUGGAGACGAGGCUCGACAAUGACAAGGAGAUGCUGGAGGCUCUGAAGGCGCUCUCUGUGUUCUUCACUGAGAACAGUUUGCGCACCAGGAGAAAUCUUCGUGGUGACAUCGAGAGACGGAGCCUGGCCAUCAAUGAGGAGUUCGCACAAAUAUUUAAGGAAGUAAAAGAGGAGCUUGAGAGUGUUCACGAGGAUGUCCAGGCCAUGAGCACGUGUUGUGAAGAAAUGACUAAUAGGUUAAAGGCUGCGAAGGAGCAAACUCAAGACCUCAUAGUGAAAACUAACAAGCUACAAGGAGAAAAUCACCGCCUGGAGGUGAGAGCUCAGGUUGCUCAGGCUUUCCUUGACAAGUUCCAGCUGUCUAAUGAAGAGAUGGCCACUUUGCGAGGGGCUCGGGAUGCAGCUAUUACUGAGGACUUCUUCAAAGCUCUCAGCCGAGUGAAGCACAUCCACGAGGACGUGAAGAUCCUCCUGCGAACCAACCAGCAAACUGCAGGGUUAGAGAUCAUGGAGCAGAUGGCCGUGUUACAGGAGACAUCGUAUGAGCAGCUCUACCGCUGGGCUCAGAAUGAAUGCAGAGGACUGACCCAAGAGGCCUGUGAUAUCAGCCCUGUGUUGACUCAAGCCAUGGAAGCUUUGCAGGACCGACCCAUCCUUUACAAGUACACUCUGGAUGAGUUCGGGACUGCACGCAGGUGUGCGGUGGUACGAGGCUUCAUCGACGCCCUCACCCGUGGUGGGCAGGGAGGAACGCCCCGCCCCAUUGAGAUGCAUUCACAUGACCCUAUGAGGUAUGUCGGGGACAUGCUGGCCUGGCUGCACCAAGCCACCGCCUCAGAGAAAGAGCAUCUAGAAGCUCUGCUCAAACAAGUCACUCUCCAAGGUGUGGAGGAGAACAUGCAGGAGGUGGUUGGACACAUCACUGAGGGAGUCUGCAGGCCGUUGAAAGUUCGGAUAGAACAGGUCAUCGUGGCCGAGCCAGGUGCUGUCCUUCUUUAUAAGCUGUCCAACCUGCUUAAGUUCUACCACCACACCAUCAGCUCCAUCAUCGGGACCAGUGUGGCCUCCUUGCUCAUCAAUAUUGAGGAGAUGCACAUCCUCAGCAAAAAGAUGUUCUUCAACAGCUUGAGCCUUCAUGCAAGCCGACUCAUGGACAAGGUGGAGCUGCCACCUGCAGAUCUGGGUCCUACAGCCUCUCUCACUCAGACCCUCUCCCUCCUCAGGGAGGUGCUGGCCUCCCACGACUCAUCAGUUGUUCCUCUGGAUGCUCGCCAGGCCGACUUUGCUCAGGUUCUCUCUUGCAUCUUGGAUCCCCUCCUACAGUUGUGUACCGUGUCGGCCAGUAACCUCGGCACUGCUGACAUGGCGAGCUACAUGGUCAACUCGCUGUACGUCAUGAAAACCACGCUGGCUGUCUUUGAGUUCACUGACAAGAGGCUGGAGAUGCUUGAGUUCCAGAUUGAGGCUCACCUUGACACGCUGAUCAACGAGCAGGCAUCCUACGUGCUGACCAGAGCUGGGCUGAGCUACAUCUACAGCUGCGUCCAGCAGCACAGUGCUGAACAGGGUCCUCUGUCCCUCCUCCCCAGCAUGGACAGCGCUUCUGUGAAAGCGGCAAUGGUCCAGUUCGAUCGGUACUUGUCGUCACCUGACACUCUUGUGAUGCCACAGCUCAACUUUCUGCUCAGUGCAGCCAUCAAGGAGCAGAUUUUCCGUCAGUCCACAGAGCUGGUGUGCAGAGCCUAUGGGGACGUUUACACGGCGCUGACCAGCCCAGCUAACGCCUACAAAGACGCAGAGAACCUGUUGCCCAGAUCACCUAAGCAGGUUCAGACCUUGCUGUCCUGAGAGACUCCUCUGUCCCCACCUGUGUGAUGUCAAAAAACACUGGGUGAGCCCCAGCAAAGGACAUACAGCUGGUUAUUUAAAGAGCUAUGUAAUUUGAAUGUAUAUAAAAGUAGUUGUUAAGGUUCUUUGUGGGAAAUAUGGGAUGUGGGUCGCUGACCACAGAGAGAGACACUCCUGUGUACCAGGAGGAAAGAACAUUAUAUGUAUAUGAUCCAUUUUCUUUGAGUGCUGCAGGCAGUCGACUUGUUUUUCACAUGUCUCUUGUUUCUGUCUGUCUCCACUGUCUGUUCCCUGUUCGUGGUCAUGAUUGUACAAAACAAUGUGUUUUUUUUAUUGAAAAUAUUUAACACUGUAUAAAACAAAAAGAUACUAAAUUUAA